AUGGUGCACCUCCUUAACUUUCUCGCACUCUCGCUCCUCCUCCCUACUCCCUCCCUCACACAGACAACCCCCAUCGACGUGCGUGAAGCUACCAUCGCCAGCAUCCACAGCUCUCUAUUCUCCGGCCUCACCACCUGCCGGGGCGUCGUGAGCGCCUUUAUUGCCCGGAUAGAGCACUUCAACUCGGACAUCAACGCCAUCAUCACCCUGAAUCCGGAUGCCCUGUCCAUUGCCGACUCUCUGGACCAGUCCCUGUCCCAGGGCAAUGCCACCGGUCCGCUCUUCUGCAUCCCCAUCCUGCUUAAGGACAACUAUGAUGCCCUGCCCAUGCCCUCGACGGGCGGGUGCUUGGCCCUGAAUGCCUCGAAGCCAGCACAGGACGCCCCCGCCGUGCGAGCCUUCCGCAACGCGGGCGCCGUGAUCCUGGGUAAGUCGAAUCUGCACGAGUUGGCGCUCGAGGGCCUCUCGGUGUCCAGCCUGGGCGGCCAAACGAUCAAUCCAUACGACUUCACGCGCACCCCUGGGGGCAGCUCCGGCGGCACCGGCGCAGCAGUGGCCGCCUCGUUCGCCGUGUUCGGCACGGGGACCGACACGGUGAACUCGCUGCGCAGCCCAGCCAGCGCCAACAGCCUUUUCAGCUUCCGGCCGACACGCGGGCUGAUUUCGCGUGCCGGCGUCAUCCCCAUCUCCUACACACAGGACACGAUCGGCGCCAUUGGCCGGUCUCCGCUGGACAUCGCCACCGCCAUGACGGUCAUGGCGUCGGUCGGCUACGAUCCCGCCGACAACGUGACGUCGGCGAUCCCGCCCGCCGUGCUGGGCACCGACUACACGACCUUCGUCUCGCAGGGCACUCGGACGAACCUCACGGGAGUCCGUAUCGGCGUGCUCGAGGGGUUCUUCAACCGCGCCGCGAGCAACGAGACCACGCCGGUCAACGACGCCAUGGACAAUGUGAUCUCCAUUCUCCAAGCUCAGGGCGCCAGCGUGGUCCUCAUCAACGACACGGCGACGUACAACGCCACGGCCAUCUCGGCGCAGAUGGACGUGCAAACGUGCGAAUACCGCGAACUGCUCAGCCAUUACCUCGCCAGCGACAACCUGACGGGCCCGCACCCGCGCAGCAUGCCGGAGCUGUACACGGCCAACGCGAGCACGCCCGAGUUCCUGGUCAUUCCGUCGCAGUACUCGUACGUGGAGGCGGCGCUGGUGUCGUCGACGUCCAACGCCUCGUACUACCUGAAGCAGGCCCGCAUCGCCAACCUGACGCGCGCCCUGCACGCCACCAUUCUCACCAACCAGCUCGCCUGCCUCAUCUACCCGGAGCAGAAGAACCUGGUCGUCCCCAUCGGCUCGCCCAGCCAGUCUGGCCGCAAUGGCAUCCUGGCCGCCGUGACCGGCUCGCCCGUCAUCACCAUGCCGAUCGGCUUCUCGCCGUCGUCGCCCACCGCCCCCAUCGGCAUCCCCAUCGGGAUGGAGAUCCUGGGCUUGCCCUGGAGCGAAGGCUCGUUGUUGCAGAUGGCCAAGGCCAUCGACGACGUGUUGCAUGCCAGGAGAAUGCCCGUGACGGCGGGCUUGAACGAGACCGUCGAGGUCACCACCGCCUACACUCAGGUCCCGCGGGUGGUCCCGCUGGGAGCGAAGAAUAUAGACAAGACUGCGUAUCCUCUCGGCAUAUACUGA